UUGUUACGACCAAAAUCAGCCAGGCGCUGAUUAAGGACACGGCGGGAAUCGAGGCGGCGCAAUAGACACAACAACCAGGCGAUGAGCGGUGAGACGGCGUGGCGGCAGUGUCGAAUCAACGGCGACACGGUGGUUGUGUAUUUGUAUUUAGAACUUUUUUUUCAAAAUAAAGUUAAACUUCGAAAAAGUCUUCUAACAAAUCAGAAGUGGGAUUAUUUCACGUGCUAGUUGGUGAAAUUUGAGUGGCGUAAUUGAAAGUGCGGCGAAAUUAGCUUCAAGGACUUGCUCGGGUGAAAAACGUCAGCGCAAAAACGGCGAUAAGAAAAGUCGACUGUUACUUUGGGUGUGGCAAGACGAAUUUCGGCGAAAAGUGUUCUAAAAAUGUCUGAGGAGCAAAGAGGCGACGAAGAGGGAAUUACUUUGACGAUGGACGAAGACAUCGACUUGGAGGAGGCGGCCCCAAGGACGAUUUCGGCGACAACCCAGGUGACGUCAGAGACCUUGGAUAACCCAAUUGCGCGUACCCUGGAGCAAUUAUUGGGAUCGGAGUUAAAAUCCCAAAUCGAAAAGGCGGUAAAAAGGCAGGCGGCACUAAUUUUAGGCGAAAUUACUGAUACCCAGGCGGCGGGUACAGAGGGGGCGGAGGUAACCUUACGCAAUAGGAUAGCUGAGAUGGGCGCGUCGGCACAGCAAUCGCCGGCGACAGGCUCUGAUUGUUCUACAGUGCGGAGCUGGAAAAUUGGAGCCGAAAUUGUCGACUAUUUUGACCCAGAUGAUGCCGAUUGCAAUAUCGAGAGGUGGCUCGCAAAAAUUGACCAGCUGGGGCAAGUUCACGGGUGGUCAGAAUUGGAAAAGGCGGGCAUUAUGCAAUCACGAUUGAUGGGGGCGGCGAAAGCAUGGUUUAAUCAUUUAGGCGAAUACAAUUUGACCUGGGAUUCUUGGAAGGCGAGACUCCGAAUGGCGUUUCCUCGGCGACAGGACUUUGCCAUUACUCUCGAAGAAUUAGUACAGCGUCAAAAGUUACCAGGCGAGGUAAUGACGAAGUACUAUCACGAGAAGUUGGCGCUAUGUGACAGAGUCGGCAUUUCUGGCGAGAAUGCUGUCGCUGUGAUCAUAAGGGGGCUGCCAAAGGAGCUUCGUGCAAAUGCAUACGCGACUAGAAGUACCACCCCAGAGGCGCUGUAUAACAACUUUCUUGUGGGACUGGAGUUUUAUGAAUAUCGUGGGGCGACGGCAAAGGCUGAAGGGGUGACACGGCGUGAGUCAACCUCCUCCGGCCAGGCGAUGAAACGGCGAUCGGACCAACCAGUGGCAACAACAAACGCGAAGUCCGCAUUAAUUCGCUGUUUCAACUGUCAGCGAUACGGUACCCACAAGAGUCGAGAGUGUCCUUACGAGAGGAGGGAGAGAUGUCGAAAAUGUGGGAGACCAGGACAUGAGGCGUCAACCUGUAACCCCCAAGCAGACUCCACGGCGGUGAAAGGCGCGAACCCACAGGUGAGAAUUUUACAAUUAGGGCUAGAGAACACUUAUAAAAAGAUGGGUACGGCAUGCGGCGCGCAAAUUCGUGUUUAUAUUGACACCGGGAGUGAGCACAACAUUUUGGCGUGGUCUUGGGCGCAAGGGCGUAAUUUAAACAUAAAACCAGGCGAAUGGAUACUACAGGGGUUUGCAGGCGGGCAAGGUGUAGCGAUUGGCGAGGCGACAUUUGACAUUAAGGUUGAUGAGGUAACAUUAAGUAUCACGGCGUUGAUAACCAAGUGUGAUCUCGGGCGAAUCGAGCUCAUCUUGGGUCAACCAGCAAUUAGUACCUCCGGCGUAGCACUUGUAGUGAGAGGCGAUAAAGCAUGCGUUAUCAGGGACGAAGAUCUUUUCGAAGUUUUUAAGAACUUAACCUUGGAGACGGACCGACCAAGGCCACGAAUCCUCGUGAAGGAGGACACAGUUAUCCCGGCGGGGCUGUCACUCCAAAUGGGCGUUACAAUAACUGAUUGUGAAAUAGGCGAAAUAGUUUCAAUGGCUCCUGUGACGUUUCAAAGCAAGGACGACAUGGUGGCGAUACCCGGUGGCGUGUUAAAAUGCCGAGACGACAACAAAAUCCUCAUCACAAAUCUUGCACCCAGAACACUGGUUUGGAAGGCUGGACGAUUAGUGACAAAGGCGGAGAGGUGCAAAGAAGGAGUUCCGGUGACAAAAGUCAUGAACAUUCAGCAGGAAGGCCGAAUGUUACGACCAAAAUCAGCCAGGCGCUGAUUAAGGACACGGCGGGAAUCGAGGCGGCGCAAUAGACACAACAACCAGGCGAUGAGCGGUGAGACGGCGUGGCGGCAGUGUCGAAUCAACGGCGACACGGUGGUUGUGUAUUUGUAUUUAGAACUUUUUUUUCAAAAUAAAGUUAAACUUCGAAAAAGUCUUCUAACAUAA